CAGUAGCAUCUCAUUACACAGCAUUCAAUUCAGCGUGCACGGCUUUCAUUUGGGCUGAGAACGGCAUAUCCCUGAUACUGCAGAGCAAGUCACCUUCAUACCUUUUUCCCGUCUCGACGACAGUCACAACCCGCCAGACACACGCCCAAUAUGAUUUGCCAACGAUGCCGGACCGGCAUCCUGUCUCGAUUCCAGCAGCACACGGUCACGUCGCCUGCCCUGUCUGGUGCACGCCAGCUUCCUCUCCCCAUCCAGCGGUCUCAAUUCCGCAACUACAGUGACGGCAAGCCCACCGUGUCCGCCGCGCCGCCGCCACCUUCGCCCCGACAACCUGGCGUGGCCGAUAUCACCGUCGCGUCCGCCAUCUCGUCCGCUACCCCUGGGGUGUCGCAACCAUUGAGCACUCCGGAGGGCGUCCACAGCAAUGCCCACCCCGGCAAGCCUCGAAAGGCCGAAGUAAAACGCCCCGCCAGUAUCUGCGUCGCUGGCACGAAAAUGAACGGGCUCAACUACUUCAAGAACAAGCCUGAUGUGGUCGCGCUGGACGACUCGGAAUAUCCCGACUGGCUGUGGGGCUUGUUAGACGACAACAAGAAGGGGAAGACUGAUCAGGGCGGUGUUGAUCCAAGCACCUUGAACAAGAAGCAGCGCAAGCGCUACGACAAGAAGAUGGCUGCCCGCGCCGCGACCCUUCCCCCCGUGAUCCCCAUCCACGAGCAUGCCACCGACAUCACACCUGCCCCCUACAACCGCGCCCAGGGCGAGGCUCAAGAUACAUUGACCGUCGCCACCGAGAGUCUCGAGAAGCGGACCGAGAUCACCCGGAGCGCGAGAGACGCACGGAGGAAGGGUAUCAGAGAGGCCAACUUCCUGCGCGGGUUGUAAACCUAGAGUGUGUCUUUUGGGCGAUCUGCGAAUUUCUCUGUGGGAGGUCUAUUUACGUUGGACGGGCCAUUGUCCAGACGACUCACAAUGUACGAUGGUGUUGAUAACCCCGGGUGGAAGGCAACUGCUCUGAAGAGAGCCAUUUCUCAUUGUAACUCAUAUUUUCAUUUGCUUAUUAUGUACUAUUUUCCCCCAGACCAGGCG